UUACAAGGCUGGCUGAUUUACUAGAAAUAGCAAUGAAAUUUCUCAACCCACACCCUCUUUGAACAGAAGAUAGAAAGGAUAAUAUAUUCUAGACUAGGUUAAAUUGUGUAGAAGAAGAUAAUAUAUUUCAGAAAAUAUAUCCUAGUUUGAAUGGAUGCUGUUGAACGACCGAUAGGACAUCAAGACCGACCCAGGGUUAAAUUAAGUGAAGAGAUAAGUUCGGCAGAAAAUGUCGGUAAAAUUUCUGGAGACGAACAGAGAGAGAAAUUAACUCCAAAAUUAUUAAUAUAUUUUAUUAAAAAUACUUCUAUGUGAAACUAUUUUAUAUUUUUCAAAAUUUCUCUUUUUAAACAUUUACGGCCUGGAAUUUCCCGACACAAAACUUUGUGUUUGCCUUGUUUUGACUCAAUUAACAAAUAUUAAUUAAUUAAAAGGUGUUUAUUAUUAUUUAAUUUCAUCAUGUAAGGUUGGACUGGGAACCGAAUAUUUCCUCUUUACACUCAUACCUGAUAUUUAAUUUGAUAUCAGUGAAAAUCAAGCAAUAGUGUAUCAAAUCUUUUUCACCAAAAAUGCCUAAGAAACAAACUGUGAUGGAUAAUUCAAUGGAGGAUUUGAAGAAUGACAAUGGAGAUGCCAGUAUUACAAGUUCAAUACAGGAUGAAAAAUCUGGUGAUAUGUACAAGAAACGACGCUUACGUAACAAUAUUGCAGUACGCAAAUGUCGCAGCAAAAAUCGUUUGAAGGCAAAAGAAACUAUUGACAGAGUGACACGAUUGCGCAAAGAAAACCAAGAUUUGCAACAAAAAAUACAGACCCUUAAUAAAGAACUGAGUUUCUUAAGGGACUUAUUUGUAGGACACAAUAGCUCAAUGGAAGAAGGUCAUUGCAAUAUCGAUCUCAAUUGUCCAGAGAAACAAAAUUAUACUGAUCAUGAAUAUUCUGUGACUCACAAAACAAUAAAAUCAGAGUAAGAUUGAUUUUUUUAUGCAUUAAAAAAACAAACAGACUAUUUAAUUAUUGUCAGAACCUGUCUAUAAUCAUGAGGGGGUCGGGGACUGAAGAGAGACAAAAUAACCUAGAAAAACUCAAAUAUUUUUAACCCUUUGUCAUCUGCCUGAAAGGAUAACUUAUUUAAUUUUCCCUUGUAAAAUCUUUAUCUUAAGUUUUCUAAUUAAGUUUUCCAGACACUUACUUAAUGACUUGAAAGAGUUAUGAUAUUAAUUCACCCUGAACUGUGUGUUGUUAAAUCAUAAUUAUUGCAUGCAAUUUGAUGUAUCAGUUGCUUAAAUUCUUUCAAGGCUUUCUAUGAAAUUGAAGUUGUAUAAUUCCAGUUACACUGCAAUU